AUGAUAGCGAACGAGAGCGGUAAACCGGUGGCUAACGCACCGCCGAAAACGCUUGGCGGUGUUGUCCCUAGGGACUCGUCUUCGGAAAUCAACACGGGUACGGUCAAGCGCAGGCCAACCUCACUAGAGGCGAAGGAGAAAACUCCCUCGCCAACGAACGCAGACAGUAGGGGAACGAUCAAACCGUCCAACACAAAGGAAUCCCUUCUGAAGGAUGAAAAGCAUCAGGAGAAAGCAACCCUACGAAAAACAGCCAGCAGUGCCAAUGACUCCUUUGUGCUUAAAGAGGGUUCUUCGAAAAAAUCUCCCGAUGGUCCGGAGGCAAUCAAAUCGUCCAAUGCGUCUGGCGGUGUUGAUGGCGGGAAUUCUACAAACGCUCACCAAACAACUAUAGACAGAAGGAAAACGCUGAAUGAAUCCAAGAUACCCGCUACCAGGGCGACACGGUUGGACGAGAGGUUGAAAUCGAAACUCAAACCGCCGAGCGCUCUACAAAGGGCAUCAAACUUAACGUCUUCCAAGGGUGACACCAAGAGUUCUGCCGGAAUGAAGAAUUCCAGUGUAACAACGACGCCCAGUCAAAAGGAAAAAAAGGUCAGUUCGCCUCCCAGUGUACCCGAAUCGACCAGUACGGUCACGGGACGAUCUCAAAAGAAGGUAUCAUUCAUACCGAACCUCUCGAUGAGUGCCGCGACGGUAACAACACCUGGUGGAAAUAUACGUACCAGUGCUGUCAAAACGAUUCUACGCACUCGAGCGCAACAGCAAUCACUCCAGCAACAGCACAGCGACAGUUCCGUCGAAUACAAGGAACUCUAUCGUGAUUAUCCCCUCCCUUUACCACCCUAUCGAGAUCCUCCUCCCGCACCAUCGCCACCCAUUUCAACCAAUGUCGGUACGAUCGGGAAACAGAUAUACGACGACCAGCUCACCCUAGAGCCCGGAACCAAAAAUGAAGAUGUCAGCUCGGUUGUCCGGUCGAAGCUGAAGGGCUUCGGAUUAGGUAAGCUGAUAUCAUCCCACACCACCAGUCCGGAACGGCGAAACACGAACAAUUACGUCACCUUGCCACCAUCACCGAAAGCGACCGCGAAAACAAUGUCUUCCAAAGCGGGAGCCGGAGACCUGCCGUCUAUUCCACAGGCUUCCCCAGUGGCAUCACUUCCAACGGCGUCUACCGUUGGACGUGAAGAGAAACCUCGUCAACCUUCCCCGGAUGAUAUACUCGCGAAGCCUGAGUUUAGUUCUUCGCUGUUCAAAAACAUUCCUGUACGGCAAAAGAAGGGAACGGUUCCGCAUCUGGAGAAUUACUGUCUGUUUGAUCCUUCGGUCGACUUUUUCAACGAGAAGGAACACAAAAUGCGGGCGAUUCCGGAGACAGUGGAGCUGGCGGAUCAGGUGUUGUAUCAGGAUCAUCUCAUCUAUGAUGCGGUCGUUGAUCGAGACUCGGACAAUUAUUUCACCAUUGAACCUGAGUCUCUCGAGAUUGAAGUUAAGAAUCGCUUGUCCUUGGAGAAGGUUGAAGAAAAGAUCGACGAGAUCUUCAACAAAACAAGAACGGCGUCUUCUUCCUCGUCUAGCUCUACCAGUGGUUCCAGCCCGGAUUAUCCAUCCAUGUUUAACUCCGUAAUAGAAACACCUUCGUCUAAUUUGGAGUCAACCGACGAGAGUGAUUAUGGGUUCCGAAAUCGGCUGAUGGACAAUCUAAAGGUGUUAGUAGUUCCGAAAUCAAUAUCUGGUUCGAUUCCGGAUGAGAAUGCGGAGGUGGAGGAAAUCCCUGAUGAAGAAGCAGAAAUUGAGGACACAGCUAGUGGCAAAGAUACGAAAGAAUCUCCCUCCUCAUCGUCUGUGUACUACGGGGUUGUGUUAAAGUCAGGCCCCGUCACCUCACGGCUCGAGCGAGUUCAUCAGCAGCAAUCAGUGUCGCUGCCAAAUUCUCCCCUCGUACAGCACCGACUUCAGCAGCAGCAUCAGCAGCAGUUGAUGAAGGUGAACCGAAAAUGUGAUGAAUCAUCAUCGUCUUCCUCGUCUGCCACCGUAUCACCACCGGCCGCAUCCAGUGCUUCCAGCGAAGGAACAUCCACCUCUGUUCCUGCCAGUGGAACGCUUCUCCGUCAGAACACCUUCACUUGCUCCGAGAGCACCACACAAGCAAUGACGGUCGGUGAAAGCAUAACAGCGCAAACCCAAGGGACACCAAAGGCAAUCAACACUUUGCCCGCAUCUUCGUCGCCCACAAUGGCCGAGCAGAAGGUGACAAAAAUGAAAUCCGUUACAAGUGUCAUCGCCGGAAGUGCGUCCAGCGGUGGUAGUACAGGGAAGGUGGCCAAUUUUCUUCCCCUGCUACGCAGCACCUUCGCGUUAGAUCCGCUCAAGUCGAGUUUUUCACUGCCUCAGCUUCCAACUGCCGGUGGUGGUGGAAAUCGCACUAGUUCUUGUACCGGUGCUAUCAGUAAGAUACAAUCGACGGUACCUACUAGUGCGCAGCAACACCAUCAACCACGGAAUGGGUCGCUCGAUUCAACGCCGUUGUUUAACCGUCUGCGAAAACGCGAACGACCACUGUCGAAUCAUAGUGAUGCGGACAGUGGAUUUCUGAGUCCUGCCACGCCGCCCGAUUCGAACGGUGCGUCCAUCUUGGCUGCGUGUGAUGAAGUGAUGGAUCAAGCAUCUUCGCAAGGCGUCGGAACGGCACAAUCUACCUCGGAUGCGGUGGUUCUGGAGCAGUGCGAUAGCAUCCAGGAGCUAAUACAGAUCUACACUGACUGGGCCAACUAUUAUCUGGAGCGGGCCAAAUCGAAACGAAAGGUUUCGGACCUGUCCGCCGACUGUCGCGAUGGGUUGCUGCUGGCAGAGGUAAUCGAAGCCGUCACCACCUUCAAAGUACCUGAUUUGGUGAAGAAACCAAAAACUCCUCAACACAUGUACGAUAACGUGAACUCGUGCCUCACGGUUCUAAAAUUGCAUCAGGUUGGCGGCUUAGAAUCGGUCACUCCGAAUGACAUCUGCAGCGGACGGUUAAAAGCUGUGCUGUCGCUCUUCUUCGCUUUGAGUCGAUACAAACAAGCGACGAAGCAGAAGUCCUCCCUACAGCUUCAACCACCGCAGCUGCAUCAGCAACAGCAGUUGCAACAGCAGCAACUUCCACAGCAACAUCAAACAAAGGUCGAAAUCCAUGCCGUCCCAGCCGAAAUGACGAAUCGACAACUUCCGGUGCCGUACGCGAAGGCGAGCGUUAAUGGCGGCACAGCGAUACCACUGCCGGCUACCGUGCUGGUCACGAGACGAUGUCCACCGGACAAAGUGCGUCCACUGCCACCGACACCGAACCAACAGACGGGACUGCAUGGUGGGUUGCAGAAGCAUACGCUCGGUGCCGGUGGCAUCAGUACGCCCUCCGACGGCAAUAGCUGCCCUGGGAGUCCACAGCAUCACAAUGGCACGGCGAUAAUCACACAAAUCCCGAAGGGAAGCAAUAGCCUGCGCCUUCCACAGGCAACGAACUGCAAAAUUCCUGCCAGCCCCUACUCGGCUUCCAACACGCUGCAGCACAACAACCAUCACAACAAUAACAACAACACCAUCACGCUGAUUCCCAAUGGUAACGUGACGAACAUUCCCACCAACCCGGCCCAACAGCAGCAACCCCAGCACCAGAAGCAUUCGAUGCUGGACAAGUUUAAGCUGUUCAACAGCAAGGAAAAGCAGGAUCGUUCCGCCCAAAAGUCUCAAAUCUCCAAACGCACCAGUUCGAGCAGUGGAUUCUCGUCGGCACGCAGCGAACGAAGCGAUUCUAGCCUCAGUCUGGACAAUGGCCAUCACCAGGGAUCGCUGCAACCAACCGUCGUCCCAACGUCCGCCAUUCCAGGCGCAAAGAUUAAAGAGUCCGGUCUGAAGAAGCUUGACUCGAGCACCUCAAAGUCCUCGCCAUCGGCCACCCUCGUCAGUCAGUCAUCCACCAAAUCUUCCUCCAAACUCAUAUCGUCCAAAUCGAGCUCGAAAGAAUCGGCCAAAGCGGCUGCCAAGGCUGCCGCGGCGGCCGAAAAACAACGACAGCUGGACCCGGGUGCACCCCAAACGCACAUUCCGCUCGCACCGCAGAAGGCGCAGAAAAUACCGAUGGCGACAACCGUGACGACGAACUCGCUGGCGACGGCGACUGCGGCCGGUGCGUCGGCGAUGGCACCGAAGGUGCAAGAUUCGUCCCGUCUGAAACUUGGCUCCGUGGGCCGAAAACUGGAUGCCAAAUCUGAAAGUAAAACUAGUUUGCACCAGCAGCCCCAGCUGAUGGUGCCACAGUCCCCGAAAACGAUGCUGUCCCCCCAGCAGCAGCACCAGCAGCAGCACCAGCAGCAGCAGCAACAACAGAUGCAACAGCAGUCAGCAGUUGGCACCGGUAUUCCGAAACCGAUGGCCGCAAUCAAGGGAACUAGCAAACCGUCGCAGCCGCUCACACCAAGCGCUGGCACUGGAAAGGAAGAAUUAACCGUGUGUAAACCGGCCGUUGUUGGUGCGAUAGUACAGCCGCAGAUUCCGAACAAUAACAACGCCAACGGUGCGAUUAGUGCUAGUGGUAACAACAACACCAUGAUAGGUCAGCUUCUUCAACAGCAGCAGCAGCAACAGCAUCAGCAGCUGAUGGCGAAUGGUGCUAGUAACGGCGCUAUGUCUGACAGUAUGCACUCGAACUCAACGCAAGGUGCCUCGAUGGGUCAACAUUCCACCAACUCAAGCGAAACGUCCAGUGUGGUUGCCUAUCGGCCCAGUUCGGAGUCUGGAUCGGAACAGCUGCUCCAAUCACCUCAGAAGCUACACCCAAUAAAUGGAUCUUCAGGUCCGCUCGCGUACGGUGGACAACCGGAUGUAAAUCUCAACAGUAGUAACAACGGCAGCAGUAGCCCAGGCGCCGGUCAUGUCUUCCACAAUGGUAACGGUAAUCUGCACCAUACUAGCAACAAUAACCACAACUCCAACACCGCCAACAACAACAAUAACCUCAACAAGUUCCACACCGUACCGGCGAAGAUGCUCAACACGGGAUGCUCAAGUCCGGUGGCCGGGAAUCAGACCACGAUCUACGAGCAGGAAGAAAAACAAAUCACCGUGCUUCCGAUGCGACCGCUACUUCGCGGAUACAACAGUCAUGUUACGUUGCCCACCCGCGGUACUCGUGGCCACCAUCCACACCAUCCGCAUGUCCACCAUCAUCAGCUGAUGGCGGCGGAUUACUGUGAGGACUUUGGCGGACAGGGUGGCGGUUACUGUAGUGAUGGUGACGCACUGCGAAAGAUCCCGGCACGCUACUCGGACAACAUCGACAAUGGCUACCUUUCGGAGGGUGGUGGUGGUGGUGGAGGUGCCAGCAUCCUGACAAGUGCAGGCCGUCAACAGCACGCAUCGUACAUCAGUUCCCUGAGGGCUCGCACCCAACUUCCGACGACCAUCGAAGAACGAUGUCGUAGCAGCCGUGGCGAUCAUCUGGACAGUGUGGGAACGAACCCACCUGCAAUGGAGCACUCACAUGUCAACGGCAAGAGCGCACGUCACAGCAGCGGCAGUUCGGUUGGACCGAAUGGGCGCGAGUACUGGGGCAAGCUACCGGAACCGUCGCCCAUGGGGCACGGUAGCAACGGAGGUACCAACAGUCAACACAGCUCCCAGCCCCCUAGUCCGACCGCUUCCCGCAAGGACAAGACCGGCUCUAGCCCCAGCCAGUCACGACGCAGCACACCAUCUUCGAAGGGAAGUUCAGGCCGUACCAAGGCGGCCGGUGGUGUCCCGCAGAGCUUUGGAUAUAUUAAACGAACGAAUGGUGGCUCCAGUAUGCCGGGAUUAGAUCCACAUCAGCAGCAGCAACAGCAGCAGCAACAGGGACAAAAUUUGCUUACCGGUGGACGAACUGCUCAUGUUUCGGCUGUGCCAAGAUCCAGCAAGCUGAAGGUUUCCGGCGGCACACAAACGACCACUGCUGACUUCCAAGCUAAAGUCCAGCAACAUCCGCAGUAUCGUAGCUUCUCGCUGACAGGACCUGGUGCCGCUCAGCUUAGCCAGUCGGUGAAAGAAAGGUUUGGCUCCGGAACGCACAGUUUACCUAAGCCCGGUCUAGAUAUGCAUGUCUUCCAACAUAGAAUGUCCAAUCGCGCCUCCGCCAAGCUUACCGAUGGUAGCCUCUCCGACACGCAGACAUACGCGGAAGUUAAACCCGACUACGGUUCGUACGCCAUGUGGUUGAAGCAUUCGAAUACGGCCAGCAGCCGACUGUCGGAAGGUGACACGCUGGAUGCGAUUUCGCUCGGAACGGCACCGUCUGCGGCGGUGGCGGCAGUGACCGGAUCGCCCGGUGCCGUCACCAGACCGCACAAGCUGCUGCAUCAUACGCGCGGUGAAACACAGCAACCGCAUCUACAGCACCAGUCGGCCACCACGAACAGUCCGCGCCUGAACCGUAGCAAUAGCAUCAGCUAUCUGAAAGAGAGGACCUACCCCAGAUCGACCAAAUCGGAGAAAAUGUAUCCCUCGAUGUUGAGCCGCGGUCCAGACGUCGAGAUUGAACCGUACUAUUGUCUUCCCGUCGGUACGGUUGUGCACGCCGGCAACGGAGGCAUGGUACCGUGGAGUCAACCAACGUCCCCUACUCCACCGGCCCGCGGAUUCGGUGGGCUGCUUUCGCCGACCCAUACCGGUGCGCCGGGCACUGGUGCUGGCAAUCGGUUGACCUAUCCGAAGAAGAACGAUGAAGUGCAUGGCAGUCAGGCAUCGCUCCUUUCGGGCGGUUCAUCCUUAUACGGUUCGACCGAGGAACGGCAGGCAGGUGAAGUGCGACGACUAAAGCGCGAACUAGCGGACGCCCGGGACCAAGUCAUGAGUCUUUCCAGUCAGCUGUCAACAAACGCUCAUGUGGUGGCUGCGUUCGAGCAGAGUCUUUCAAACAUGACCCACAGACUGCAAUCGCUUACGGCGACAACGGAGAAGAAGGAUAGCGAAAUAUUGGACAUGCGCCAAACGAUAGAGCUGCUGCGGAAGCAAUCGAUCCAGGCCGGUUUAACUACCGCCCAUAUGCAGAGUAUGGGCGUACAAGUUAAUGGGCAGGUCAACGGAACGGCGAUCGCAGCUGAGCAGACGAAAACAACGACGACAACCACUGGCACAGCCAACAGCAAAGCGGUAGCGUCCUCCAACGCUACCGGUGCACCUAUGUCGGCUGGCGGUGCGGAAAUGCAACGGCACCAUAGCUCAGACUCUAUGUGCUCGUUGAAUUCGGUCAGUUCCGGGUGCUCGGCCCAGGACAAGAGCAAGCAAAAGAAGAAGGGUUGGCUCCGAAGCUCAUUUACCAAAGCCUUUUCGCGCAAUGCCAAAAUCUCCAAAACCAAUCGCCACGUAACGGCGGGCAGCAAUGGGUCGUCUGUUACGACGUCGGCUUCGGCUGGUACGGGAGUGACGUCGGAUGGUGGCAAUCACCAUCAUCAUCACCACCACCAUCACCAUCAUCAUGGAUCGGUGUUGGAGAAUGGAACGUCCGCCACCACUACCACCACCACGGUGAUGGGAAGUGGUCUGAAACAGGGCGGAAUUCCACCGCCACCCGGUGCAGGACUGCCACCUCCUUCGCCAACCAAAGGUAGUCCGCACAAAACGAUGACCGUUAUUGACAAUGCCAAACCCGUCGAUGCGAUCGAACUGAAUGGAAAUCCCGUGGUGGAAGAUCUCAAGAAACAAUUGCGCGAAAAGGACUUGGUCCUUACCGACAUCCGGCUGGAAGCGCUUAGCUCCGCAUCGCAGCUCGAAAGCCUCAAAGACACGGUGAACAAAAUGCGCCAGGAAAUGAUGAACCUGAAGCAGAACAAUGAACGACUGCAACGGCUCGUAACGACACGUUCUCUCGCCGGAAGUGAAGUCUCCCUAGGUCCCGUCAGUCCAAGUGGAUCAAUUGGCGAACCACGCCGUUACAGCCUGGCGGCCGAUAACGGUAUGGGAAGAGCUCCACUGGAACUACCGCAAAAUCUAGAUGAAACGGAAGAAGACAAUAUACCGCCUGCGCCGGCCCCAGAACCACCGCCAGCACCACUCAGUCCAGCCAUUAUCGCAGAACUGUCGCCGACAAUCGAGCGAGCGGCAAUGGUGAAUGAAAUUCUCACAACACCCGCUGAAGAUGUGGCUGAUCCAGUCGAUGGGAAAAAGAUUUCCAUCGCGGUCUAUCUUGGGCAGCCGGAAUCCUUCCCCAAGUAUGCGGAAGAGAUGAACGAAUGUGAUAACUACUAUCACUCAUCGCCGGACGAUGAGCUGGUAGGGGGUGAGAAGCUCGAAGCGAACGGUGGUGAGAAGGGACCCAAAUCGUCAUCCUUCUCGCUUGGGAAUGGGAUAGAAACGAACGAGUUUGUCAUAGCGUACACGUACAUCUCGGGCAAGACGACCUGGCAGAAUCUGGACUAUAUCGUGCGGAAGACGUUCAAGGAUUAUUUGUCACGAAUUGAUCCGGGAACGAAUUUGGGACUGAAUACGGAUUCCAUCACGUCGUACCAUCUUGGAGAGGCGAAGCGAGGGCCCGAGAUGGGUUUCCCGGAACUGUUGCCCUGUGGCUAUAUCAUUGGCAAUGUGAAGACGCUGUACAUUUGUCUGCAGGGUGUCGGAAGCCUUGCGUUUGAUAGUCUGAUAUUGCGAAACAUCGUUCAUCGAUACAUUUCGCUGCUGACGGAACACCGGCGACUGAUACUGUGUGGACCGAGCGGUACGGGGAAAUCGUACCUUGCGCGAAAGCUUGCCGAGUUUCUUGUGGCACGUGCGGGCCGUGAUAAUCCAAUUGAGGCGAUUGCUACAUUCAAUGUCGACCACAAGUCUUCAAAGGAACUGCAACAAUACCUUGGACAUAUCGCCGAGCAGGCCUCAAUGUCGAACGGAGCUGCAGAAGAGCUGCCAGCGGUCAUUAUUCUGGACAAUCUUCAUCACGCUUCCGCUCUUGGGGAUGUGUUCUCGUGUCUACUAAGUGCCACAGCUGCUAAGCUGCCGUGUAUUAUUGGAACGAUGUCGCAAGCAACGUGCAACACAACCAACCUGCAACUUCAUCAUAAUUUCCGAUGGGUACUGACGGCAAACCACAUGGAACCGGUGAAAGGAUUCCUGGGCCGAUUCUUGCGCCGCAAACUAUUCUCGGUAGAGUUGCAAAACCAGCAACAGCAACCACAGCUCGAAAAGGUGCUGAAAUGGUUGCCAACCGUUUGGCAGCACAUUAACAGCUUCCUGGAGACACACAGCUCAAGCGAUGUGACGAUCGGACCACGCUUAUUCCUUUCCUGUCCGAUGAAUCUGCCCGAUUCGCAGGUUUGGUUCACGGACGUCUGGAACUACCAUCUAGCGCCAUAUCUUAUGGACGCUGUUCGGGAGGGCGUCCAGCUGUACGGACGUCGCGGUGGUGCAUGGGUUGAUCCCUGUACGUACAUUCGCGAAACUUAUCCAUGGCCAGUUGGCCCAACGACAGUGCCACAACUUCGUCAAAUUACAGCCGACGAUGUUGGGCUGGAGGCGAGCGCUCCGGGAAAUUCGGAAAAUCAGGACCCACUGUUGAAUAUGCUGAUGCGGCUACAGGAAGCGGCCAACUAUAAUGGCAAUGCGGAACAAGACUCCGAUUGUGCUAGCUUAGAUUCGAACAUGACGCACGAUAGUUCGGCUGGUGCCGAGUAAGCUUAAGGUUCCGGUAAAAGAAGAACACC